GAAGUGUACGUGCUGGUAGAUGACGUGGAGCAGAUCAGAUGUGAAGCCCAUGUUAUUAGACUGAUGGCGUUGUUUGCUUCACCUUCUAAAGUGAUGAGUGUUUGGAUCUAGCUGAGAGUUUUGAGAGACACCCAGCUGAAGGUCGGGUGAGAAGACCGGCUUUACUGCUGCUCAGUCACUGCUGAUCACCCUGUCCUGAUCUCACACCAUGGCUGAUGAGUUGAAGUUUCAAGAGUUCGAGGAGGCUGCAGAUCUUCUGUUUGCCGACCCGGGAGCCUCCACAAUCAGCCUGUCCACUCCCGGCACCGCUGCAGCAGCUGCAUCUGCCUCAGAUGUCCGUCUGAACCUGUCUGACGAAGAGGAGAACCAGCAGGAGAGCUCUGGGUUACUCAAAGGCGAGAAGCAAACUGGUGGCUUCUGGACAUUUGAAUAUUAUCAGUCUUUUUUCAAUGUGGACACCUUCCAGGUCUUGAACAGGAUCAAAGGGUCAUUACUACCUUUCCCGGGACGGAAUUUUGUCAAACAUCACAUUCGGAGUAACCCGGAUUUGUACGGGCCAUUUUGGAUAUGCGUGUCCCUUGUCUUCUCGGUGGCCAUUAGUGGGAACUUGUCGAACUUUCUGUGGAACCAUGGAGACCCUCAAUAUCACUACAGACCACAGUUUCACAAAGUGACGAUCGCUGCACUUGCGGUGUUCCUGUAUGCGUGGCUCGUACCUCUGCUGGUGUGGGGCUUCAUGACUUGGCGCCAGAACACUUCCCGCCAGACGAGCGCUUACUCUUUUCUGGAGACGGUGUGUGUGUACGGCUACUCUCUCUUCGUUUACAUUCCUACUUCGAUAUUAUGGAUCAUUCCAUACGAAUCGCUGCGGUGGUUCUUUAUUCUGAUUGCCAUGGUGGUCUCCGGCUCGGUGCUGGUCAUCACCUUUUGGCCAGCGGUCCGAGACGACACCAGAACGACGGCUCUUUCAGUUAUGGUGGCCAUCAUGUUGCUCCACGCUCUGCUGGCGAUUGGCUGCAAGUUGUACUUCUUCAAUAGUGUGAUGCCACCUCCAUCGAGCUCUCCAACGAAUUCCCCUAGCGUCAAUCAAACCAGCCAAAUGAGCAAGUCUUAGGGGGAAAACACGCUGACCCUCUCCCCUUUAUUUUUAUAAAUGCACUACUGAAACAAUAUGGAGAUGGCUACAACUCCUAGACUUGAGUUUUUCUUUGGACAAAAUGGAAGGAUUAAUUUACUCAGAGUAUCAUGUAUUCCACAUAAACAGGUGAGACUUGUGUACAGCUCUAUGCUUAGGUGAUACUCAUACUCACCUCAGUAUGUCCUGUUAAUAUACAAUGUAAAUUCAUGUGAAUUUUCAGUUCUUUAUAAAGGAUAUGGACAUUUUCUGCUCAGUUAUAAAAGCUUGGUGAAUGAACUGUGGAAGAAAUGAUAUCUUGGUCGCCCUUCACCUUAACCUGACCCUGAUUUGGUCCUCUAUAAUCUGCUGGUGAACAGAGGUGAACUACUUACAGGCAUUCGUGAUUUAUAUUGGUGUUUGUUCAUUUUUGUGAAAGGAAAUUCGGGAAGGGGAAAAAAUGGUUUGAACACUGUUCAGCAAAAAUAUUCUGUUCAUACGUGAAAAGGCAUCAGGGAGGCUGCAUUAUUGCAGAAAAUACGUUAUUUUUUUUUAGUUUGGCUUAGUCUUAAAUAAAGUCUCUAACAUGUGA